GCAAAACAUUGACGAUCAAUUUUCAUCAAAUAGGCAGAUCCGAUAUUGACAUCCAUUGAAAUCACUCGAUAUCCAUCCAGAGCCAUCAUGGAACCCCCUGCCAAAAGGUCGCGAAAGCUGCUGGAUGAUGACAGCUCCAGUGAUUCCGGAGAUGAGUCCGGCGGCGUCCCCAUUGGCAAGCAGACUUCGGAUGCGUUCAAGGUCAACGAGGAAUAUGCCCGUCGAUUCGAAUACAACAAGAAAAGAGAGGAGAUGCAACAGUUGGAGUCAAAAUUAGGAAAAGGCUCUGCACUUGGAAAGCGCCAUAACGAUGAGUCCGAUGAAGAAGAUUCCUCUGACGAGGAAGACGAAGACGAAGAUGGAGAACUGGCGACCGAGGCACUCGACGCGGAGAUUUUUGCAACUUUGAAUGCGAUUCGAUCGAAAGACCCUCGUGUGUACGAUGAGAAAACUACAUUCUACACCAAGGCUGAGGAAGGUGACAAGCCAGAGGGCUCGGAGCAAAAGGAAAAGCCCAUGACCCUUCGAGACUAUCAUACCAAGAACCUACUGAGCGGUGCUCAUCUAGCGGAGGAUGAUGGAUCAGAGCCCCCCAAGACCUACGCUCAGGAGCAAGAGGACUUGAAAAGUGCGAUUGUCAAGGAGAUGCAUGCUGCUGCAGCCGAUGAUGAUUCAUCGGCUGAUGAGAACAUGGAUGAGGACGGUGGUUUUAUCAUUCCCAAGUCUGCGCCGGCCCCUGCGCCAAAAGCAGAGACCAAGCAGCUGGAUGUAAAGAAUGCGGACAGAGACCCCGAGAAUUUCUUAUCCAACUUCUUGUCGUCAAGGGCAUGGAUUCCUGCGAAUAGAACCGAACUUCAGCCCUUCGAGUCCGAAGACGAGGAUGAGGAGGACCGCGCCGAGGCCUUCGAAGAGGCAUAUAACUUCCGUUUUGAAGAUCCAAACAAGAUGAAUGAAAGAAUCAUGACCCAUGCUCGUGACGCCACCAACCAACAGUCCGUCCGCAGAGAAGAGAAGAGCACUAGAAAGAAGCUAAGGGAAGCCGAGCAAUUGAGGAAGGAGGAAGAAAAGAAGCAACGUGAAGUUGAGAAGAGCCGCCUUCGCAAGCUGAAGGUCGAGCAGCUUCAGGACAAGGUUAACAAGGUCAAAGAGGUGGCAGGUCUUCGCGCAUCCGGGUUUACAGAUGAAGACUGGGCUAAAUUCCUGGACGAGGCUUGGGACGAUAAGAACUUUGAAAAGGAAAUGCAAAAGCGCUUCGGUGAAGAUUACUAUGCGGAAGAUGAUGCUGAAGUGAGCGACGACGAAGGCAAGAGCAAGAAGAAGAAGAAGCCGAAGAAGCCCACGUGGGACGAUGACAUCGACAUCACAGAUCUCGUUCCAGACUUUGAAGAUGAAGAAAAGCCAACAGUGGAGCAAUCAGACGUUGAGAUGGAGGAUGGUGAGGACGCCUCUGAGUCCAAGAGCAAGAAGAGCAAGGCCCAGGAGAAGCGUGACCAGAAGCGCGACGCCCGCAAGGACCGGCUUCGCAUUGAGGAGGCGGUCGACCGCAAUCUCGACCUCGACAUCAACCUCCUCCCCGGCGCAACCAAGAAGAACUCGAGUCGCUUCCGCUACCGUGAAACCUCUCCACAGAGCUUUGGUCUCACGGCGCGCGACAUUCUCAUGGCCGACGAUACCCAUCUCAAUAAGUUUGCGGGGUUGAAGAAGCUGGCUUCAUUCCGUGACCCUGAACAGAAACGCCAUGAUCAGAAGAAAUUGGGCAAGAAGGCUCGACUUAGGGAAUGGCGUAAGGACACUUUUGGCGAUGAAGAAGGGCCAGUGUUCAAGUUUGGCGGUGAAAAAGAGAAGGACGAUGGCGAUGACGAAGGCAAGGUCGAUAUCCGGGAAGGAGAACCCCAGAAGAAGAAGAGGAAGAGGUCCAAGAAGAACCAAUUGAAGCUGUGAUUGUGUUGUUUUGAGUCAUUGUAUGUUUAGAAUCUUAUGAUUGUCUAUAGUUUAGGUGUUGGUUCACAAAAUUUUCAAGGUUCAAAUUCGCUGAGUGGAGCUAUUAUGUUGUAGCAUAUAUACCAGACAAUUGGACAUAGAAGAUACUAAUUCCACUUUU